AGGGGCAUCCACGUUUCGGUGGGAGAGGGAUCACGCUCCACCCCACCUGCAGCUGGGAGAAACCAAACCUCCUGCUUGAGCAAAACGAACCAGACAAGCCACUGCUGAUCCCCUAAGUGCAUGAACAAGCUUCGAGUCUACCAGUCUGAGGGGAAUGGCAUUUCUGGUGCGAGACGAGCGCUGGCUCUCUCCCGACCAUAGGCACCCCGAGGGAAGCGUGGUCUCUCGCUGCAGGGCAUCACCCCAGGCUAAGGGCUGGCCUCGGCCCGUCUCUGAGGGAGAGCUGCCGGCACUGCCCCUGGCUCGCUCGCCACAGGGAGCCGCGGCAGUGGCGGGAGGGGCCGUGCCGGAAGGGGCCGUGCCGCGCCGGGCGGUGCUGUCCCGCGGCGCCGCCGGCUCCUGCGCGAUGCUGCUGCCGCUGCUGCUCCGCCGGGCUCGGGUGGCCGCUGUCUCCCGGCGGGGGACACGACAGUGCAGCCUGGGCACCUGCUGCUCCUACCGCCUACGAGACGCCCUGCAUCCCCUUUGGCAGAGUCCGCUUACGAUUCCAGGGGGCACCAGGCAGUCUCCUAUCAAUAUCAAGUGGAGGGACAGCGUUUAUGACCCCUUUCUGAAGCCUCUGAAAAUCAGCUACGACCCAACGACGUGUCUGCACAUCUGGAACAAUGGAUAUUCGUUCCUGGUUGAGUUUGAUGAUUCUACUGAUAGAUCAAUAAUUGUUGGAGGUCCCUUGGAAAACCAAUACAGGCUAAAGCAGUUCCACUUCCACUGGGGAGCUAUAAACGACUGGGGUUCAGAGCACACAGUUGACAAUAAAUUUUAUCCAGCAGAGUUGCAUUUAGUACACUGGAAUGCUGUUGUGUACCCAACUUUUGAAGAAGCUGUAAUGGAAGGCAAUGGCUUGGCUGUUAUUGGAGUGUUUUUAAAGCUGGGAGCACACCACCAAGGGCUGCAGACGUUGGUUGAUGCCUUGCCAGCAAUUAAACACAAAGAUGCUGUCAUUGAGUUUGAUGUCUUUGAUCCUACCUGCUUGAUACCUUCAUGCCCUGAUUACUGGACCUAUGCAGGCUCUUUGACUACUCCCCCACUUACUGAAUCGGUCACAUGGAUCAUUAAGAAGAAGCCAAUAGAGGUUGAUGAGAAUCAGCUGGAGGCAUUUCGGAUGCUGCUCUUCACUUCAGAUGGUGAAGAAGAGAAGAGAAUGGUAGACAACUUCCGCCCUCUCCAGCCGCUCAUGAACCGAACCGUCCGCUCGUCCUUCCAAAGCAGGCAUCUCUUGAACACUCAAGUGCAGCCCAAGGACCGUGCUGAGCAGUUCAGGCCCUAGCUGGCCCACGAAAUGUCAGUCCAGACUGUGGUACCUGGAUAAGUGAUGUUCUUUUUUCAGCCAUUUUCCCUCUCCUGCAGUGUCUGUGUCUGCUGUACCAUUUUGCAGCCAGUCUCAGUUCUGCAAAGUGCUCUUUCACCUUCAGUAGAGAAGCUGUAAGGUUUCUUAGAUUUGCUUUUCUUAAGAAGUAAAUAAUAUUAACCCUUAACAAAUUGACUUACCCCAAAGCAGGGACCAAUAAGGAAUUAUUUUGGCAGUUAAAAGGAAAAUAAGGCAGGAAAUCUUUCCCCUUUCCACUUUUCUGAUUUGUUCUGUGUUUUUUCAAAUGCCCUUUCAGUGACCUGCAUGAAUUAAUAAUCCUAACUAGAAACAUGUUAGCAAGCAGCUGGUGUAAAGAAGUAUAAAGCAUUCAUGCUGAUCAGGUCCUUUUGUGGAAUUGGUUCAGAGGUUUGGGAAGAGAAUGAACCUCUCUAGUCACAUAUACAGGGAUAUUUUGUCUUCUUUAUUUUCUUGGUGCUUAAGAUAACAGGAAAAGGGAAAAAAUUACUUGGAGACUACCCUUUUGUCAUUCUCUUGAUGUUUGAAGUGGAUGCUGCAUAAUGUCCACUCUACACUGCAAGCCAGGAGACUUUUUCUAAACCAUUAUACUAAAUGUAGAUAACUUCUUUCUUUGGCAGAUUUUACUGUCCUGUAUCAAUAAUGUAGCAGGAGGAGAGGGCAGGAGAGAAUUCUCUGGUAUCUCAAGAUUGGUAAGAACAGCAAAUUGGGUGAAAGUGCCCAAUUGAUCCCAGGAAACUGAUCACAUCAAAGGAAUGCAAAAAAUAGAUAAACCUCAGCUGCCCCUUCCAGUGGGAUUUUGAGGUGGGGAAAAGAUCCAAAAGAAAACCAGUUUCUGUAAGCUGAUCCAGGGCUCGCAGCGUGUGGACAAAAUGCAGCAUCCAGCUACUUGAAAGGCAUUUUUCCAGUCAAAGAGCACCAAUUUCAUCACAGUUUUGUCUUCAGAUAUACCUUCCUUUUAUAAAAUGGGGUUUGAAGCUUCAGGACAACUGGAGACCAGCCUGUGUUUAUAGCACCUUAAGGUAAUGAAAUGAAGUGGUGGUUGACAUUUUUUUGUGGACCAGAGUUGUUGUUUAAGCUGCCAGCCGCGGAGCCUUAUCCUAGCGUUGCAGUCCAAUUGCCACAAGUAUUAUCUACCUCUGAAGCAUACUGCUACUUAGCCUACUGGCCGUGAUUGCCUCUCAAGCACCUUUUUCACUGGCUUUUUGUCCUUUAUUGUAUUUAACAGUGCAUGAAAUUCGUGUGCCGAAUGUACGGUCAGACUUUCUGAUGAGGAGCAGGUCUAAACUCGAGAUGUGCUCUUGAUUGAUGGUAUUUAAGGAGCCUUCCGGGAGAACAGAUGUUACUUGGUCUGUUCCUGCCAGUGAGGGAAGUCGCUGAUUGCUGGUGUGAUUCAUUGUGCGUGAAGCCAGCACAGAGCUUGUCAAUACUAUAUUGAAACAUCUUAGAAUCUAUUCUUGUCUUGUUAAAGUCUCAAAUGUUCAGUUUAAAAGCACUUUAACACUUUUUUAGUGUGACCCUGAUGAUUUUAAGACUUCUGAAUAUUCUUACUUAACCAAGUAAGUGCCCAGGUCCUGCCUUUGCUUCCUUAAUAGCUUCUACCUCAGGCUAUUGUUAUGCUGCAGCAGCUGUGCCUUUCUCCCUUGGCAAGUUGGAAUGUGGCCACUUAACCUUCGACUGACUCUGGUAAGAAACUCUCUCUUCUGCCCCACAGCAGUGGACCAAUUUUUACACUGAUUUUUCAGCCUGGCAGUAUAGAUCUUCAGUUUCGUAUUGCCUCUCCCAGACCCUUACUGCUCAGUUGAAUUUACAUCUUGGUUGAACUCUGAGAACAGUAUUAUCUCUACCAACUUGGUUGCACUUUAUGAUCUCAGUUGAGCUAUAUAGUCUUUGGCAUCAUCAGCCAGACUUUUUACUGUGUUCCUGGUCUGCAGAACCACAUCAGUGCUGCUUUUGCCAGAGUGUGACAGGUUCCAGAAGAAUUUUGGAUUCUUCUGAGGAUGACCCCACAGAAGGAUGGCAGUGAUGCAGACUGGCAUGUAUCUUGUCUGUCUUUGAGCUCUUUGAUAUUAUUAGCAGUUAGGAAGAACUGUAGUAUAAAGUCAUCCUAGUGUUGCCUUUGCAUUUAAAAGUGUAGGUAACUUGGCACUGAGCUAGCUGUAGGUAGCCCACAUCAAUAUUCCUGUCAUAUAUGACUGGGUCUCUUAAACUCAAUGGGUUUUUUUAGUUGACUUGCUGAUUCUCACCAAGUUCUUGUGUACCUCUGAUUCACAGAGCUUGUUUCACCCUGCAGUAAAGCUCUCCUAGCAGACUGAAGUGCAAAAUACAUAUUUUCUUCACAGAGAACUACUGUGGUAUAAACAUUUAAUCUCUGGAUUAAUUGCUCAUCAUCAUGCAUCCAUCAGAGAUGAUGCUGACUGUUCUAUUCUCAGCAAUCCACUUUAAAUUCUCAUCAAGAUUUACUUUGUGCAUGUAUUAUCAUGGAAGUUUUGUUAGAGAAUAGAUGUAUUAUCAGUCAUACAGUUAACUGUACUCCAUGCAUAUUUAGAUAAGAUCACAUCUAAGUAUACUGAUAUAAAAUUAAUCAAUUUAGAUAUCAACAGUCAUUGUUUCAACUGUCUGGAAACAGAGUCAAUAUAAAUUACUGUGCUACAGAAGAAGCUUUAGAGGGGUUUUUCUGUUACAGUUAUUGUGAUGCUUUGAUGUGUGUUAGUGUUUUAGCAUCUCUGGUAAAAGCAGGCAAUGUCCCAGUUGCAGGGUGGAUUGCUGUUGAAUUUGUCUAGAAAUGAACAAAAAGGGGGAUUUUGUUUGGGUUUUUUGGUGGCUUUUUUGAAGCUUUUGUGCUACAACUUUUUGCCUUGCAAAAGAUAACUUUGAGAAUUCUAUAUGCCUAUGUGUAUGUAAAACAGGAGCUGAGGUCUAACUUCUUUUGCCUUAUUCUCUCAUUUGCUUGGCAAGGGAGAAACAACUGUCAGAUGAGUUCUAAUAUCUGUAAUGAUUUUGCACAAUUAAGUUGAACUCGCUUUGAAAGGUGUCUGCACAGGAAUCUUUAGGCUCUUUUAAGAUUGGAGCCAGGCUCUUCUUGGUGAUGCCAGAUGACAGGACAAAGGGCAGUGAGUGGAAGUUGAGGCAUAGGAAGUUUUGUGUAAACACGAGGAGGAAUAUUUUCACUGUGAGGGUGACAGAACACUGGAACAGGCUGCCCAGGGGAGUUGUGGAGUCUCCCUCUUUAGAGAGAUUCAAAACCCAUCUGGAUGUGUUCUGGUGUGAUCUGGUAUAAGAGGUCUUGCUCUGUCAGCGGGGUUGGACUGGAUGAGCUUUUGAGGUCCCUUCCAGGCUCUGACAUUCUGUGAUUCUAUGGCACAAUACAGAAGGGUCAAAGCACAUGUUUAUAUUUGUUCUUGCUUAGUGAUCACUUCUGUCACUACUACACUGGGAGAGUUCUAGGAGAUAAGACUGAAAAAGAAAUCAUUUUGAUGACAGCUCACUGAAAAAAGGAGGAGAAGGAUCUGGAGCAUAGAUCUGGAUCCAUGUUGGUCUAAAUCUCAGCUGCCUAUCAGUGUUUCUGUUAAUUGGUGCCCUUAUCAGAAGUCUUGUUCUUGGUGACUUCAUAUCUGGAACAACUUCAUCUGGUGUUUGAAUGGUUGAUGCCUGUUCCUGAAUUCCUCACUUUGACACCAGUGCGCUUCGGGUGUUUCCCUACCAUCUAUACCUGACCAGAUAUCCCAGCAUGGUGAAAGUUGGAAGGGACCUUUGGGAAUCAUCUAGUCCAACCCCCUUGCUUUAGCAGGGGCACCCACAGCAAGUUGCCCAGGAUCACAAUGUCCAGGAAGCUUUUGAAUCUCUCCAGAGAAGACUCCACAACUUCUUUGGGCAGUCUGCCCCAGGGUUCUGGCACACUCACAGCAAAGAAGUUUCUUCUGCUGUUCAGAUGGAACCUCCUGGGUUCUAGUUUGUGCCCAUUGUCCUGUUGUGGGUACCACUGUUUAAGAGUCUGGCCCCAUCCUCUUGCCCCUCACCCUUUAGCUCUUGCUGGGCAUUGAGCAGAUCCCCUCUCAGUCUGCUCUUCUCCAGGCUGAACAGCCCUUGGUCUCUCAACCUUUGCUCCUCAUAGAGUUGCUUCAGUCCUCUCAGCAUCUUUGCAGCCUCUGCUGGACUCUCUCCAGUAAUCCCUUGUCUGUCUUGAACUGGGGAGCCCUGAAGGACCCAGUAUUCAAACUCUGAUCUUACUAGGGCAGAGUAGAAGAGGAGAACUGCUCCUGAACUCCUAGCCACGUUCUUCUUAAGGCACCCACUUGUUUGUCCUCUGUCAUGAGUGGCUUGCAUCAGUGGUUUUACCCCAAGUCUGACAGGAGUGUAGCUUUUGGCUUUGUGAACUGUAGAAAUGGAGUUUGCUUUCAUAUCACAAAAAUCUGCUGGGGUUUAGAGUACUGGAGUUCUGCAGGCCUUACUUUUGAGGAAGGGUCCCUUUUUAUGCUCAACUUUACAGCCAGUGGUAUUUGCUUGAAAAAUUGAACUACUUAUUUUUUAAUGCCUUGCCUUGUAUUUCUUGGCACAUCUUUGGGUUGGGUUGGUUUGGGGUGGUUAUUUUUUAUCUUCGUGCAUCUUCUUUUUGUGGCUGUUACUACAUUGUGUAUUUUAAUGGAUGUUAUCUGCCUAAUCAUUUAUUGAAUUGUCUUUGCAGACAACAUAUGUAACAGGGAAUGCCUUUCCUUCUCUUUUCAUCCAGGCCUUUUCCCUCAGUUCUUACCUGCUGUAAAGAAACUUCUAGCUAAUGUUACAUUAGUGACUGUGCAAUAAAGACCCGCAGAGGAA